AUGAAGGUACAUAUUAAUAAUGAUGUUUCAAUUACAUAAAAAAAAUAUAUUAUUGAAUAGGGAGUGCAAGUCACCAGUCAAUUUUUAUCACUUUAACUGUUAAAUUUUUUAUCAUAUAGGUAUCAUUUAUACGACAAGCUGAUCCAUGGCUUAUUGAUAUUAAUGACCAAGAGCAUUAUGUCCCACUGAACCACGUUUAUGUGGGACCUUGUGCAACAGACACCAUGCAGACCAUUAAAGAUGAUCUUGGUGUGGAUCAUCCUGGUAUCCAGCUAUUUUUUACUCAUUGUAGAAACUUUCAGAUUGAAGCUGUGAAGCAAAUUUUAUCACGAUUCAAUGAUUGUGAUAAGCCUGACUUUUUAUCAUUCCUCACACCUGUUUCUGCUUAUGCACUGUCUCCAGUAUCUUUGUUGCAAGUCUAUAGACAAUUGCCACAGCUUAAGGAUGUUGCAGACUUGCAAGAAGCUGAUAAUGAGUGGCAGCAACAUGCACUUUGCCCCAACUUGAAUGGAGAAAUGAGUUUUCUGGAAUAUUGGACAGUUGCUUUUAAGGAGAAAAAUCAAGUUGGAGAAAAGAUUAUCCCAAUUUAA